CAAGUAUUUUUGUCAUUGUCACCCUUCCCUUGACCUGAUUCUUCGUUUCUCGCCAUUCCCUCGACCUAUUUUACCUGGUUGAAGUAAUUCCUAGGGGGUGUCGUGUUGGACCCCGAUUGCAUUGUUUACAUCCUAUCACCAGCUCCAACUUUCCCUCCAAGCUACUAAUAUUGGUCAACGAACGAGCCUCUCAGAGCGGAGAAGUUGAGCAAGAUGGAAGGUACUGUGGUUUUCCCUGCCCGGACUGCUCACGAUUGGUCUCCUGUUAACACAGAGUAACAGGACAGCUAGAUGGCACAGCCCAGAGCCAUCAUCAGCAGGUCACCGAGAAUCCAGCCGGCUCCGGGGCUGGACAAGAUGCUGGACACUCGGGAUCCGAUAUCGAAGUCAUCUGCGGCCCUCUUCUCAAUUACCAGCGCAUGAGCGAGCAAGGGACAGAUAUGUUCUGGCAUGGCUCCGUGCUCGUCGUCACAAAGCCCGGGGAACAGAAGCCAACACUCGAGCUGAAAUCGCUGGGCGCAUGGGACAAAAGUGGAAAGGUCAAGAGUUCGCCAACACAGACAGUCGAGGGCUUGAAGCUCUACCAAGAUCCGGGCAAGGCUUUCUGGCGAUUUAGUGUGCAGCUGCCCCUGGCAGAGGCGGAAGCCCAAUGGCAGUACACAAUACCCAACAUGCGCUUCCUCUCAGAUGUGAGCAAAGAGUCAUCGAGGGUGUUCGUGGUGCCUGCGGUGACCGAAUCUAUGCGCAUAAUGUUUCACUCGUGUAAUGGCUUCUCUGUAGGCACGGAUGAAGAUUUCUGGUCAGGCCCUGUGCUGUGGAAUGAGGUCUUGCGGAUUCACAAUGAGAAACCCUUCCAUGUCAUGAUCGGCGGCGGCGACCAGAUCUACAACGAUGGAGUUCGCGUGAAUGGGCCGUUGAAGCCGUGGACGAACAUUGCCAAUCCCGCCAAAAGAAGAGACUACCCGUUUGAUGAGCGCAUGCGGGAAGAAUGCGACGAAUAUUACUUCAAUAACUAUGUUCGAUGGUACGGCACUGAGCCUUUUGCCGCGGCGAAUUCUCAAAUACCUCAGAUCAACAUUUGGGACGACCACGACAUCAUCGAUGGGUUUGGGUCAUACACGGACCAUUUCAUGAGAUGCGCCGUCUUCCGAGGCAUAGGCGGCGUCAGCUUCAAAUACUACUGUCUGUUUCAACAUCAUACAGCUCCACCGGUGUCGACAUUCACGACCGAUGCGCCUUCGACCAUGGAGGCGACCGCAGACGGCUCCGCAGGUGCCGAUCCACGCCAGUUGAAGGAUACGUAUGUCUAUAAGAGGACUGCGGAUGAUCCCAGCUGGAUCGUGGGAAAGCGACCAGGACCGUACGUCGAGGAGAAAUCGAGGAAUCUGUACAUGCGCCUAGGCAGACGAAUUGCAUUUUGUGGCGUUGACGCCCGAACCGAGCGGACCAGGAAACAAGUCAAUUACCCGGAAACCUAUGACUUGAUUUUUGACCGACUGGACACCGAACUCAGAGAUGCACGUGGCGAGAUCAAGCAUCUCAUUCUGCUCCUGGGUGUGCCCAUUGCUUAUCCCCGGCUCGCAUGGCUCGAAAACAUCUUCACCUCUCCGAUCAUGGCGCCUAUCAAGCUUUUGAACAAGAGAUUCGGCUUUGCCGGUGGUCUGUUCAACAACUUCGAUGGGUCGGUGGAUCUGCUGGACGACCUUGACGACCAUUACACGGCCCGACAUCACAAGCACGAACGCCGCGAGCUCGUCGUCCGCCUACAGAAGCUCGCCGCGAAGCAUUCGGUGCGUGUGACUAUACUCGGUGGCGACGUCCAUCUUGCCGCGAUUGGCCGAUUCUACUCGACCCCUGCGGACAACAUGGACGCCCUCGAGGACCCACGUUACAUGGUCAACAUCAUUUCGUCGGCCAUCACCAACAAACCUCCUCCCAAGGCGGUUGCCAAUCUGCUCGCGCGACGCAACAAGAUUCACCAUUUGAGAGACGGCAACACCGACGAGACGCUGAUGAGCAUGUUUGAUGUACAGCCCGGCGGGCAGGAAAAGGGCGCGACUUGGAACAACGUCACCAUGCCGAGUCGGAAUUUCGCCUGUAUCACGGAAAUCCCGGACGACGAUGACCACCACCCCGGCGGCGGCGACCCUCAGGCGCAGCAGCAGGCCAAUGGGGGAGUCAAUGGCUCCGUGCACGUCAACUCGACAGGGAAGUUGGGCAAGUCACGUCCCAACGCUGGCACGGACGGCCACAGCCCGCUCCACGCGGGCGAAGAUGGCGCUGGCUCGAAGCAUCCUGCCGCCGACGGAAUCAAUGCCCAAGGUUCGCUCAAGGGUGGAUUGAACGUCGCGAUUCGUGUCGAAAUAGACAAUCAUGAUCGUGAGGGCAAGACGCAGGGUUAUGGAAUGUCAAUUCCCAAAUUGACACCGCCUGCAUCUGCAGCUGCUCGACAACAAACUCCAGUCGAGAAUACAUCUGCGCCCGCCACAGCGACGACUGAACAGGACAACAUGAUCUAAAUGUUGACCGUCGAAGGUUGUCGACAUAGAUGAUCAAUCGUCCCACGUCGUCUUAUUUUACAGCCGCGACAUGUCUCGCUCAUUCGAAUGAGUGAGUUGAGCAGGACAUAUUUCGUCCCUCUGUCCUUCUCGGUCUCGGCCUCGGUCUCGAAAGGGAAUUAUCUGAAGAACUAUCCUUUCGUUUCUUCGCUUUUUGACUCUUGACUGAAGAGCACACGGGUGAGCGAAUGUGCAAUUGUCCACGCGGCCGCGGUUAGCCGACCAGUUCCUUUACAUCCCGUGUGUGCUUGACUUCCACAACAAAUUUCUCCCCUCAUCAGAGAAGUUGUUAACAGAAUCACAAGCACGCCGGUGUAAGUGUAGUUACCGCUUGUAUCACUUUUUAUUGUCAUCAGGUUUUUUUGCAUCACUCGGGAAAGGGGACAACGGUCAACGCUGUCUCGGACCAGCGUCUGGUUCUGCAGAGGGGCUGCAGUUAUUAUUGAUCACCGAAACUAUUUUGAAAAACUGCGUGUGGGUCGGGUGCAUCGGGCCUCAAGAAGAAGAACUUGAGAUUAAUGCUUCUGGAAGACCUUGUUCUGUUCUGUACUUUUACUCAUGGCGGUACACAUAAUAGCUGUGUACUACAUCUGCGGUCUUGAAUUCCCAGGUUGUGCCGUGGUCGUGUUGAGUCUAGAUACCCAAAAUCACAAUUUCUUUUUUGUUUUGCC